CCGCCCCUUUUAAUGAUCUCUUCCUCACCACUAGCGUUCUUUCUUCUCUUCAAGCUAGGCUAGGUGGACUAGCUACUGUGCUAGCAACCGACCCGAUUCAUAUUUUCUAAAACAAAAGGAAUUCGAUCUGAUCUACCGAGUAUGGCGUACACUGUUGCAGGUGGAACCAAGAAAAAAGUUUGCUACUACUAUGACGGCGACAUUGGGAAUUAUUACUAUGGGCAAGGGCACCCCAUGAAACCGCACCGAAUCCGUAUGACCCACAACCUGCUUCUGAACUAUGGACUCUACAGAAAAAUGGAAAUAUAUAGACCUCACAAAGCCACAGCUGAGGAGAUGACCAAGUACCACAGCGAUGAUUACAUCAAAUUCCUCCGAUCGAUUCGACCGGAUAACAUGUCAGAGUUCAGCAAGCAAAUGCAGCGAUUCAAUGUUGGAGAAGACUGUCCUGUUUUCGAUGGCUUAUUCGAGUUCUGCCAGUUGUCUGCUGGGGGAUCUGCAGCGGGCUCUGUGAAGCUCAACAGGCAGCAGACGGACAUCGCGGUGAACUGGGCUGGAGGACUCCACCACGCCAAGAAGUCCGAGGCGUCUGGGUUCUGCUACGUCAACGACAUCGUCCUGGCUAUCCUGGAGCUGCUAAAGUACCACCAGAGGGUGCUGUACAUUGACAUUGACAUUCACCAUGGCGACGGGGUAGAGGAGGCCUUCUACACCACAGACAGAGUCAUGACCGUGUCCUUCCACAAGUACGGAGAGUAUUUCCCCGGGACCGGAGACCUCCGAGAUAUUGGUGCUGGAAAAGGCAAAUACUACGCUGUCAACUUCCCCCUCAGGGACGGAAUUGAGGACGAUUCAUACGAGCAAAUCUUCAAGCCUGUGAUGGCUAAGGUGAUGGAGAUGUAUCAGCCCAGUGCUGUGGUCCUGCAGUGUGGUGCAGACUCUCUCUCCGGAGACCGCCUCGGGUGUUUCAACCUCACUAUCCGUGGCCAUGCCAAGUGUGUGGAGUACAUGAAGUCCUUCAACCUGCCCCUGCUCAUGCUGGGAGGAGGGGGCUACACCAUCCGCAACGUGGCCCGAUGCUGGACCUAUGAGACGGCUGUGGCUCUGGACACUGAGAUCCCCGACGAACUGCCCUACAACGAUUACUUUGAAUACUUCGGCCCUGACUUCAAGCUGCACAUCAGCCCCUCUAACAUGACCAACCAAAACACACAGGAGUACAUGGAAAAAAUCAAGCAGCGUCUGUUUGAGAACCUGCGGAUGUUGCCUCACGCUCCGGGAGUCCAGAUGCAGGCCGUGCCGGAGGACGCCAUCCCAGACGACACCGUGGACGAGGACACAGAUGACCCAGACAAGCGCAUGUCCAUUCGUGCCUCAGACAAGAGGAUAGCCUGCGACGAGGAAUUCUCCGACUCAGAGGACGAGGGUGAGGGAGGCAGGAGGAACGUGGCCAGCAACAAGAAGGCCAAACGCCCCCGAGUGGAGGAAGACAAGAAGGAGGGAGAGGAGAAGAAAGUUGAGGUGAAGGAGGAGGAGAAAGUGAAAGAAAGCAGCACAGAGAAGAUUGACACAAAAAGUGUGAAGACCGAACAGACCAGUAGCACCUGAUGUUUUGUUGACCAUCAUACUCAACACAAGAAGCAUUAUAUUUAUUAUGACUGAUCUCAGUGACAUAGUUGUUUUUCUUUUGUGCAACGUAGUAUUGGAUUAUUUCUUACUGGUUAACCAUCCCCUGUACAUGUGCUGUGUCUUACUUUGACAAUCCCUUGAAUGCAUUUAUAUUUCAACGUGCUUUCACCUGAAUGAAAUAUCCAUGAUCUGUAAUUAUUUGUUUUUAAAGGAUUAUGUGGGACUUCCUGUUGAAUAGCCUACGAUGAUUUCAUAUUUGUUGAAAACUUGAUAUUUUGCAUUUGCCAAUAAACUUUUUUACAAA